AUGGCUCUUCACUGCGUGCUGCAGUUGGCCGAGGCGGGCUACGAGCCCGUGGUCAUCGACAACCUCCGCAACGCCGCCAGAGGGCCCGGCGCGCUCCCCGAGAGCCUGCAGCGCGUGCAGCGCAUCGCGCGGACGCCCAUCGCCUUUCAGGAGCUCGACAUCACGGACGGGGCCGCGCUGCAGCAGCUCUUCAGCACGCACCGCUUCUCGGCAGUGAUGCACUUCGCGGGGCUGAAGGCAGUGGGUGAGUCUGUGCGACAGCCAUUGGAGUACUACGGUGUGAACCUCACCGGCACCAUUCGGCUGCUGGAGGCCAUGGAAGCACACGGCGUGAGGAACAUCGUGUUCAGCAGCUCGGCCACUGUCUAUGGUGACCCACAAUACCUGCCCCUGGAUGAGAAGCACCCAGUUGGGGGCUGCACCAAUCCCUAUGGUAAAUCUAAGUACUUCAUCGAGGAGAUGAUCCAAGACCUCUGCAAAGCAGAGAAGGGCUGGAAUGCCAUUCUCUUGCGCUAUUUUAAUCCCAUCGGUGCCCAUGAGUCUGGAAUGAUCGGAGAAGACCCUCAGGGCAUACCCAACAAUCUCAUGCCCUACGUGGCACAGGUGGCAGUGGGGCGCCAGGAAUUCCUGAGUGUGUUUGGAAAUGACUAUGAGACGCCAGAUGGAACGGGUGUUAGGGAUUAUAUCCAUGUUGUGGAUUUGGCCAAGGGACACAUAGCUGCUUUGAAGAAACUCAAAGAGAACUGUGGCUGCAAGAUCUACAACCUGGGCACCGGCACAGGCUACUCUGUCCUGCAGAUGGUCCAGGCCAUGGAGAAAGCGUCAGGGAGGGAGAUCAAGUACAAGAUCACGGGCCGGCGGGAGGGAGAUGUGGCUGCCUGCUAUGCUAACCCAGAGCUUGCUGAGCGUGAGCUGGGCUGGAAAGCUGCAUUCGGCCUGGACAAGAUGUGUAAGAACAUCCCCCUCCUCUCC